AUGUAUACACCUAUCCGCAUACUCACUGCUAUUAUAGCCUUGAUGGCUUUGGCUAUGCUGGUUCGUGCCGUACCGCAAGGAACAGGGAUUGUAAGCGGUCUGAAUACACUACCUUUAACUCAACCAGCAAUUCAAUCUCCUUCAGACACUGCCGCUCCAGGCAACACCCAACAACCACAAAACCCUACUCAACCAACACCCGCACCAUCACCUCCAACUCAGUCUUCUCCGCCACCCCCUUCUCCACCACCACCACCUCCUGCUCAAUCCACUCCUGUACCUCCUGCUCAACCGAGUCCGCCUCCAGCUCAACCAGCAGCAUCUCAACCAUCCACUCAACCAGCAGCUCAACCAUCAGCUCAACCAUCCGGUCAACCAUCAGCUCAGUCUCAAAAUGCACCACAACAGACCGCAUCCCCAACGUCAACAUUGACGCUAACCCUUGGCGAUGUAGUGACAGUGACAUCAACCUCCACAUCCUUCCCUCCCGAACCAACUGAAACGUGUAUUGCCUCGGGGGUGGGAGGGGCUGUUACUUGCAAUGAUCCCAAUUCAUAUUGUGACAGAUUAAGUAAUACGUGUAGUCCUAAAAACGCAAACGGACUGUCAUGCACCGCCGGUGACGAAUGUCUUUCUGGAUUUUGCAAUAAUAAUGUAUGCGCUGAAUCAUCCUCUUCCAAGCCAACAGACGAAAACAGCAAUUCAAGUCUUGGAACUAAAAUAGGCGUUGUGGUUGGUGUCAUAUUCGGUACUGCUGCGUUUGUUGGGAUCUUUGUAUGUUGUAUACGCUUGGUGUACAACAGACGUCAACGUAAACUUUACAGUUAUGAAACGGAAUCGGAUGCAUACAGUGAUGGUGUAUCUAUCACGGAAAAUAGACGACCAUCGUAUCCAUUUGCUGGUGGUGCAGCUGCAUUCUCGAGCGCAAAUCCCCCGUUUGCAGCUAGAAAUGUUGCUCGUUCUGCGGUUACAGAUACUUCAUCCGAUUAUAAUCCUCGCCCAACAUAUAAUGCUGCCGUUCCAGCUCCUAUCCCGCCCUCUAUGCAGUACAGAGGACAAGGUGGCUCUGAUAUUCGUUCUCGAGACGUGAACACGAGUCGUACAGUUCAACCAGGACCACUAUAUCCUGGUCCAUCUCAAAUCACAGCCGCAAAUUAUCAGUACGCGAACAACAUGUCUUCAUUAGGUGCUCCUAUUCCUUCUCAGCCACCUGUAGCUCAACGCAGCUACAAUCAGCCGCCUCCAACUCAGCCACCUGCCAUGAGCUUUAUUCCAAAGCCUGAUAGAGUAUAUUCGCCUCGGCCCGCUGCUGCUCUCCCACCAGCAGAUUCCAUUUCUGCAAAUGAAGUUGUUGGCUCUGUUUCGAAUAACGCCACUCGAUCACCAAUAGCAGCAAUCGGGGCAGGUGUAGCUGGCAAUAAUCUACAAGCCCCGGAUGCUCGUCAAUCGAAUGCGAGUUCAGACAAAGGAGUGCAAAUUGUAUAUCGAGUGGCUAACAACAAGCAAGCCGAAGACGCACAUAAUCGAUUAUUUGAAGCGGCGAGAGAUAUGAAUGAGAGACAGGCUGGAAACGCGAACAAUGAACAGCGUGAUAACGCUAGCGCAGCAUUGGAUCAGACAUACCUUGGUAUUGGUGACCUUGUUCCGCAUGGAGAUUUCGAGGAGAAGACGGGAAGAAAAGGUGGUCGAUACACGAUGGCAUCCAUGUACACUAAUACGACAUCCAUAUAUUCGACAUAUUCACGGGAUUCUUCCAUGACUAAUUUCGGUCUUAGACCACCAGGCAACGCAAGUGCAUCAUCAUCAUCAGUAGCAGCAGCAGAUGUCCCAGACUCGCCCACUCUGUCAUAUACUGGGUUCUACGAAGCAAAUAUUGCGCAAGCAGAUUCGUCAAAUCAAAUCAACGUUCCUGUAACCACCGAUGCAACGAACCGAACAACAGAAGGUUACCAGUUCGGUCAGGAUGGAGCGCAAACGUACUCUGGGUCGUUUGAGGCCGACUUGGCAGCGAUACAACAAUUUACCAAGAAGCAUGAUAUAUGA